UUGUCUUUUGUCUAUUCUCAUACUACUUUUCGUCAUGGAUAAAUUUUUAAUAAAAAAACCAAGUGCAGCAGUAUCUCAAUCAUCAUUAAAAAUUGAUGUGACUAACACUGAUAAAAACAAAAUUAAACCACAGAAUUCUGUGAUUAAACGUUCUGUGGAAGACGAUGAAGAUGUAAUCACUAAAAUUGCUAAAACUAGUAAGAAUGCCCUAAAUUUAAAAAGUUCUGAUAACAGCGGUCAUACUGAUACUACUGAUUCCAUGGAUAUUGGAUUACUCAUCCAGCAGUUAGAAAAGAUUUUAGAUUCUGUGUGGAACAAGAAACCUGUUAAUUUUUACAUUAUGUUAUUAUGAUUGUUUUUACUAUAUCUAUAGACUAUAAUUAUUAUCUAUUUGUAUCAUUUGUGUCUGUGACCUGUGUUAAUAUUG